AUGCAACAAGAUGGCGCCACCGAGAUUGCCCUACUGGAGGAGUCGUUGCCGCUGACCGAGGUCGACUUUUACGACGCGAUCAAGAAGGAGUUUGGGACCGACUGCAACGAAGAAUUCUGCAUUCGCCUCGCCCGCGCGUACCGGGGCGAGAAGAAGAACCGCAUGGGCAAGACCAUCGGCGAGACCAGAAAAGUGCUGGAGUGGCGCAAGCAAGUCAAGGCCGACGAGCUCCUCGAGACCAAGCUCGAACAAGCUGACGUGUUUGCGCAGUCGUGGCCGUCGAUGAUUUCCGGCGAAGACUACUACGGUCAUAUUAUCAACUACGACCGCCUCAAGGACAUUCAGCUCGACGCGUGCCUCUCGCAUUUCAACCUCGAGCAAGUCUUGCUCCACCGCGCCAAGCACAUGGAACGCCUUCGGGCCGAAAUGGCCGCGGUCUCCAAGCGGGCAGGACGCCGCAUCUACCGCCACAUUUGCAUUUUCGAUCUCUCGGGCAUUGGCCUCAAGCACAUGGCACCGAGCGUCAUCAACUUUUUGAAGCCCAUCUUCGACCUCGGACAAGUCUACUACCCCGAGUCGCUCUUCCGCAUGUAUCUCGUGAACGCACCGUUCGUGUUCUGGGGCACGUGGAAGAUCAUCUCCAACUUUAUCGAUCCCGAAACCAAGGAAAAGAUCCAGAUUUUCAAAAAUGCCGACAGCUUCGUCGCCGACGCCAAGAAGCAUGGCAUUCCGAUGAGCGCAAUCCCAAAGGCGCUCGGCGGCGAGAGCGUCGGGCGUAUGCUCGAUGAUAACUUUGUCGUGAGCAGCUGCGUCCCGGCGUCCGAAUAA